UUGGCGAUGUUUGGGCUAAUUCUAAUCAAACGACAAAACUCAGCUGGUGCUUUUUUUUUAUUUGUAAAUAAGAUGGGAAAAUGUCACGUGUUUGGAGAUUGUUUCAGAUAAUGUUAGAAGCAUCUAUUUUGUGAUAAGAUUAAGUUCAUUUUAGCAACAGUCUAAGGAAACUUUCAAUCAAGAUGCAGAAUUUAGCAAAAAAUGUAUUUAAAUUUACAAGAUUUAGGUGCUGUGUAAGUAGUUAUUGCAUGUCGACAGCUCCUUCCAGUGAUGAGUUUAUAUUUGAAAAGUUGACUGGAGAUCGAGAUGGAAUCGCCAUAAUUGGAUUCAAUAGACCUAAAGCGAGGAAUGCUUUUAGUAAGAACCUAGUCGGUGCUAUUGCUGGUACCAUUGACUUGUUGAAAUUUGAGAAAAAUAUUCGUUGCCUCAUAAUAAGAAGCUACGUGCCUGGUAUAUUCUGUGCGGGAGCUGAUUUAAAAGAACGUGCAGUAAUGCCGCAAGAAGAAGUGGGUCCUUUUGUUGCUAAAUUGAGAAAAAUGGUGGUCGAAAUACAAGAUUUACCAAUGCCGACAAUUGCCGUUUUAGAUGGAGCGGCUUUAGGAGGUGGUUUAGAAUUGGCUUUGGCUUGUGAUUUAAGAGUUGCUGCUUCGUCCGCAAAAAUGGGUUUAGUAGAAACUAAACUUGGCAUUAUACCUGGAGGAGGUGGAACACAAAGGCUCGCCCGUCUGAUUGGUCCUGGUUUGGCUAAAGAGUUGAUAUUCACCGGCCGAGUAAUAGAUGGUACAGAAGCACACAGAUUUGGUAUAGUGAAUCAAGUUACCGAACAAAAUAAGGAAGGCGAUGCUGCUUUUCACAAAGCCAUGAAAUUGGCCGAAGAAAUCCGAACGCAGGGCCCGGUCGCGUUAAGAAUGGCAAAAUUAGCAAUUAAUAACGGUCUGGAAGUUGAUAUAACGAGCGGUUUAGCUUAUGAACAAGCUUAUUAUGCCCAAGUAAUUCCAACUAAAGAUAGAUUAGAGGGAAUACAAGCUUUUAUUGAAAAAAGACCUCCAAAAUUUAUUGGAGAAUAAAUUGAAAAAUAAAUAAUAUUUGAGUAAUUUUUGGAUAACUUUAAUGCAGUUUUUAACACUAAAAUGAGGAAAUUUUGUAUUUUUAUUUUAAUUAGCAGUUAUAUGUAAUAAUAAAAGAAAAUUAUGUGAUUUGAUGAGCAAAUGCAUAGUGAUUCUCAACAUUCAUUAAGUGUGGUAAGUGAGAAUAUUUUUAUUUACAUGUCAAACUGUGCAUUUGAUUUGUUUUAUAUUAAUACUUUGCUUGAUUCUGGAAUAUAUUUUUCAAAUGAUGUUUUACACAUUUUUCAGAACUGAACAUUU